GUUUCAUCAAUCAAUUCAGAGCUUACAUUCUUCUGAUUAUCGCCUUCCCCAGAUACGGUCUCCUCCAAAAUCUCAAGAUGGCUCUGUCCGAUUCCACAGAGACUACUUCAGUAACGAAGCAAAAGAAAAUCAUAAUUCGAAAUACCCAUGGAGAGAAGCUUGUAGGCAUAUUACAUGAAACUGGAUCAAAGGAACUUGUUAUCUUGUGUCAUGGUUUUCGAUCCACAAAGGAAACCACAACUAUAAGUAAUCUUGCUGUUGCUUUAGCAGAAGAAGGCAUCAGUUCUUUCCGUUUUGACUUCUCUGGAAAUGGUGAAAGUGAGGGGACAUUUCAAUAUGGUCAUUAUCAUAGAGAAGUUGAGGACUUGCGAUCUGUUGUACAGUUCUUCAAUGGAGGAAAUCUUAAAGCAAGUACAAUUCUUGGUCACAGCAAAGGAGGAAAUGUAGUGCUCUUAUAUGCAUCAAAGUAUCACGAGAUUAACACUGUUAUCAAUAUUUCUGGGCGAUAUAAGCUUGAUAGAGGCAUGGAAGAACGAUUGGGACAAGACUUUCUGGAAAGAAUCAAGAAGGAUGGAUAUAUAGAUAUUAAAAACAAAACAGAGGAGGUUUACUUUCGCGUGACUGAGGAAAGUCUGAUGAACCUUUUGAACACAAAUAUGCAUGAAGCUUGUCUUAACAUCAGCAAAGAAACAAGUGUGAUGACAGUGCAUGGAUCUGAAGACGAAAUUACUCCCAUUGAUGAUGCCAUUGAGUUUCCGAAGAUCAUACCAAACCAUAAGCUAUCCGUCAUAGAAGGAGCCGAUCAUUUCUACACUUCACAUCAAGCAGAAUUGGCAGCAAUUGUAGUGUCUUUCAUUAAAGAUUGCCUACAGAAAGGUGAUUAAGAUGCGAACUUCUUUCCUGCAUAAUAGAAGCCAACAACGGUUGCUAUACAACACAUGCUGCAUCGGCUAACCAUAAUGACCCAUUUCCGCUGCAUCUGUCCAUCACAAGGAAUUCCGUUCUUGGAUGGCUCUUCAGCUUACCCCAUGCACAAAAAGGGACCUCAUGCUGCUCAAAUCAUAACCUUCCUUUGUAUUUUAUUGAAUCAAUCAAAUUAUUGUAAGAGGGAUUCCCUUGUAAGAAUAGGUUUGUCUUUGUCUCUAUAUCAUU